GACGUUUAAUACGAGAUGAGCUCGAAGUUGUUUGCAUAAUGUAUACAUUAUAGUUUAUUAUUUAAUUAAUAAUUAGUGUAUAGUAGUAUAGUAUAUAACUUAAACUAAGUUUUUAUUUAAUAAAAUAUUUAUAACUACACCGAAUUAACUUUAUUAGGACAAAAUGUUGAGUACGAAUUUCUUAUAUGAGAAAAGACCUUUAAAGAAACAGCGAAUCGGUCCCCCUGAUGUAUAUCCACAAGAACCAAAACAAAAAGAGGAUGAAUUGACUAGUAUGAAUGUAAAGCAUGGAUUUCCUACGAUGACUCAUUUGAGCGAUGAAUUUGGAACAGCUAGAAAUUGUAAUGUCACUGCUAGCAAGGUUGGAGCUUACUUCAAUGCAAUUAUUUUACGAAAAGAGGAAUUAUCAAUGUUACCAGAUUCUGGUAAAAAAAGACAACAAAUAAAUCCAAAAGAUAAUUUUUGGCCAGUAACAAAUCGUACAAAAAACCACAUAGAAGCUUGGUUUAAAGAUUUAUCAGGGAAUAAACCUUUGAUGAAUUUAUCUAAGAGAGCACCCAAUUUCAAUAAAAAGGAAGAAAUAUUUGUGAUGUUGACUGAGUAUCAAGUUCCAAUGCUUAGAGCUGCUUGGUUUAUCAAACUUAGUUCAGCUUAUACUGUUGCUGUUUCAGAGGCUAAAAUUAAAAAAAGACAAAUGCCCGAUCCAACUACUGAAUGGACAGGUACUACUUUAAAGUUCCUUAAAGAUCAACUACCAAAGCUACAAGAGCUUUAUUCUCAAACUGAAAAACCAGUCAGCUCUAUGUUGAAUACAGUUCAUACAAAUGAGACUGAACAAAAGCUUGCAAUGAGACACUGGAAUUACUGUACAAGGUUACUAAAAUAUAUGUAUGAGGAAGGUAUAUUUGAAUAUAUAUUUCUUAAUAUCAUUGCAUUGUAUCUUGAACAUUUUAUGACUGGAAAUUCUAUGCAUAAUAAUGUACCUUUUAUGUUUUUGUUAGGACUUAUGGACCGACAAGAAGUUUUAAACUGGAUAAUAGAACUUCUAGAAAAACAAAAAUCACAAACACCUGGAGACGAUGGCAUAUUAAGGAUAUUUCUACCUCUUACUCUUCAAUAUUUGGAUGAAUUCGUUCAAUCUGAGCUUUUGUCAAGACGUCUAGCACAUUUUUGUGCCAAAAAAUUAGGAAGUAUGUUGACCAAUGUUGCUGAAACUAACAUUAUGACAUCACCAAUUAGUGAAAGUAAGACUGAACAAAAAGAAACUGAAAAGGAUAAGAAGGAAACUGCAACUACCAAUCCACUUCAAAGUACAAUUGCUGAAUAUCAAAAUUGUCCUCAUCAUCGUGAUAUUGUUUUGCAGCUGAGUACUAUAAUUCAAACAAUAGUAUUGGAAUGUCCAACUGCACUUGUAUGGUGUAGUACUGGUGUUGGAACUAUUUGGCAUGGUUCUCCUUUAGACAGUUUACCAGUUUCACCUUCGUUACUACCAGUACCUCCUCGUUGUGAUAUGGAUACAUUUAAAAAGCAAAUUAUAUAUGCGGAGAGCUGCAUUAGAGAAAGAAGCAAAAAAGCAGAAGGCAGAUGGUGUACAGAAAAAUGGCAAGUGUCACCAGCAGGUAUAGUGACAACAAAAGUACUGGCAGCUCUAGACGCAUUAGAUAGACAUCGUUUUGAUAAAAUGGAUUCCACAAAUUCAUUAGAUACAUUAUAUGCAAAGAUAUUCAGUGGAUCCAAUGAUCAAGAAAAUGCUGUUGUCAAAUUAUUAUGUGAAUGGGCAGUAUCUCCAGAGAGAACAGGAGAGCACAGAGCCCUAGCAGUCGCUGCUCUACUUGAUAGAAGACAGUCUGAUAUGAAUAGUUCUGCAGAUCAGGAAACAACACCUGGUGAUGAUAAAGAUUCAAGUAGUAGUGUUCCAGGUGGGCCUCCAAUGUUUCAAUCACUACUAAUGAAAUUUUUGGAUAAUGAUGCACCUGUACCAUCCCCUGAUGACUGUUCAAUGAAAAAGACUGCAUUUUCAAAUUUGGUUCAUCUUUUUACUGAACUUAUUCGUCGAGAUGUAUUUUCUCACGAUGCCUAUAUGUGCACCUUAAUAUCAAGAGGAGACUUACUAGGACCUGACGAAAAUUCAGAUAGCAACUUACAUCACCACCACACAAAAAUGGAGCCAAUGGACUGUGAUGACAAUAUUGAUCAUGAUAUUGACAAAAUCCUUCAAAACAUCAAAGAAGACCAGCAGAAUUCUAUGGACUUUCCAGAUAGUCCCAAAGAACACGACCAUGGCCACCAUUCACAUGUUCCAUCUUCAAUGGGACAUGUUCCUAUGGAAACUGAUCACAAUGAUCAUAAAGUAAAACCAUCGAGGCAUUUACUAUACACAACUCAUUUUCCUUUAAGCCAGGAUGAUCCUUUUUCUCAGCAUGAUUCUAAUCAACGUCAUGUAUUACUGUAUGGUGUUGGAAAAAUUAGAGAUGAAGCUAGACACACUGUAAAAAAGAUGUCCAAGGAAAUUUGUAAACUGUUUUCAAAAAAAUUCAGUGUUGACGUCGUAGAAGGUGGCAAAGUGAAGAAACAACGCAAUGAAUUCAAUUUUGAGGCUACAACACAAAAAUGUCAAAGUCUCAGCUAUUUUGAUCAACAUUUGGUUACUUGGCAAUGUAGUGUUACUGUCAUAGAGAUGUUAAAUUCAUUUGGAACUGGAAACUCCAAUUAUUUACCCGUACAGGAACAUGUAGCAUUUCUAUUUGAUCUCAUGGAAUUAGCCUUGAAUAUUUAUGGGUUGAUUGAAGUUUGUAUACAGAUUUUGAAAGAGUUACCUGAUGUCGAGACCCAGUUGUAUAAUAAAAAUUUAACAUUAAGUAGAAAUUAUACAACUUCUUUAAGUUUGUAUGUUGUAGGAGUACUAAGAAGGUAUCAUUGUUGUUUAUUAUUAUCACCAGAACAAACUUCGGCUGUUUUUGAAGGUUUAUGUAAAGUUGUCAAACAUGUAUCGAACCCAGGGGAUUGCAGUUCGGCAGAAAGAUGUAUCCUGGCUCAUUUGUACGAUUUAUAUUCUUCCUGCAGUUUAUUAAAAUCAAAACCACACGCAGUCGAGCCAUUCGGUAACGCCUAUCCAAAAAUUAAACAGGCCUUAUAUACUUCUCCUCAGCCGACACCUACCAAUAUUUAUGUCUACAACGCCCAGUAUAUGCAAGAAUUAUUUAUUAAUCCUAGAAGAGCUGGACGAAUUGACAGUGUUUUGGCAAAACAGUUGAAUGAAAAUGGUAACAAUAGAUAUUCAUUUGUUAGUAAUGCUGUGAUUCAAGUAUGUAGAGAGAUGGAAAAUGAAAGGCUAAAUGAUCUAGCAAUAUUGUGUGCCGAAAUGACUGCAUGUUGUAAUUCCCUAGCAUCUGAAUGGUUGGGCGUCAUUCUUACCCUUUGUUGCCCUUUAUCACAUCCUGGAUAUUACACGGAAGUGCUUAGCCAAUUAGAUAUACAGGAUGUAAGCGUUCACAAUGCUUUAGCAGUUUUUACAUGUAUUUUAAUAGCAAGACAUUGUUUUUCUCUUGAAGAUUUCGUAAGAAGGGUAGCUUUGCCUAGUUUAUUGAAGGUGAAAUCGUUGGACAAUGGCGAAGGUAGAGCUGAAGGAGGCAUGCGUUUAACUUGCCAUUUGUUACUACGAUUAUUUAGAACAGCCGAAGGCCCUCAACCGGGACUUUAUUCUGUCGGAUCUCCACCACUUACUACACCACGACCACCGUUGGGAGUUAGACUCAGUUGUGAUCGUCAUCUUUUAGCUGCUGCACAUAGGAAUAUACACGUUGGUCCUGUAUUGGCUGUAUUGAAAGCAGUGUUAAUAGUUGGAGAUGCAACUGCGAAGGAGGGAACUGAACUGAGUUUGAGCAAUAUUUUAGGAACAAGUGAUCUCCAUAGUGGUGUUGAUGGUCCGAAUUUGGAUUUACCGAUGAACGUGGAUGUGUGCGGAUCGAGGACGACACAUAGACAAUCCAGUACUGGUAACGCAGAAAGUACAGCAUCACUUUCGGCAUUCGCUUGUCAUGUUUUAAGAGAAAUCUGCUCCCAACAAUGGGUACUAGAACGUUGUCUUUCAUCCGAUGUAUUAUGCCAUGUGGAUAAUUUAUUAGACCCAUUAUUGUCGCAUUCUCAAGCUCAAAGACUAUUGCAUAUGAUAUGCUAUCCGGAUGCUGGUUCCAGUAUUGAUUCUUUGGAUCAGAAAUCAAUGAUAACUCGAAUACUAGAGAAUCUAGAACAGUGGACGUUACGGAUGUCAAUCCUCGAUCUCCAAUUAAUGUUCGAACAAUUUAGCGCCAAUUCUCCAGAACUCUCUCAAUGGUUAGACACUGUCGCCAAAGCGGCUAUUGAUGUUUUUCAAUUGAAUACUCCAUACGACAUACCCGCCGAAGAAAAGAAGAACGAUAAGAAACAACAGGUUUCGAUCUGGCUAGUAGCGCCUUUAAUUUCUAAACUACCAGCUGCAGUUCAAGGACGUGUAUUAAAAAUAGCUGGACAAGUUUUAGAGAGUGGUGGUUGGUGCAAAGAGCAAAAAAACAAGCUUAAAACUUGUGGCGGGGAAAGUCAGAGUUUACUGACGCAUCAACCGUUUUUACAGUUGGUUUUGACAUGUCUAAAAGGACAAGAAGAAGGGCUACGAGAAGGUUUACUAUCAUCCUUGCAUCAACAACUGUCGCAGCUCAUACAGCAAGCGAAAGAAGGAAAUCUUCAGGAUGUUACAGGUACUGAAAGAACUUUAGAUGGUCUUCAGUUACGUUUUGCUCUGGUAGGAGGAGUAUUUGAAGCAUUCCAAAGAAAUCCUUCUGCUACGACGGAUUGGGCACUAUUGCUCGUGCAAUUGGUAACUCACGGACUAAUUGAUCUCCACACUCAUAGUGAUUUGUUUACUAUAGUUAUUGAUAUGUUAGCAACUUUAGUUCAUUCCGCAAAAGCAACUGACAGCCAGGAUGAUAGUAGAAAAAUGUAUCCUAAUUUAUUGAAAAAACUAAAGAAAGAGGUUGGGGAGAAACAAAAUGCUUCACUGCAACACAUUCGACAAUUGCUUCCCUUACCAAGGAUACAAACAGAAGUCAUCGCUGUGGAACCAGCGGGGUCAAGUAAAGGUAAUAAGAUGACCUUUGACAGCGUUGAUAAGAAACACGAUUUACAGGUAACGGAUAAACAACGUGUAAGCAAUUGGGAUAUACUAGAAGGUAUGAAAAAUCCGGCACCGUUAUCUUGGGCUUGGUUUGGAGCUGUGAGACUAGAAAGAAAAUCUCUAGCGUGUGAAGAUACUUUCAGAUUACUAAAAUUCCAUACACAUAACUUGCAAAAACCUGCUUCACAUUAUUUAGAUCCCCCUCCACUACCUCCGGAAGAUCUAGAACCAAUACCAGAUAAACCGGCCGAUACACCUACCUCAGUUGAUCAAAGUCCAGCAGGAGCUAUAGGAAAAGGUCGUGGUAAAGGUCAAAGAAAGCCUCGCAAACCCAAAGUUCCAGGACCAGUGCAUGUAAAUCCUAUGACUUUAGGACAGUCUCCAAUAGGACAAGGACAGCCUGGUAUGCCAAUGCAAGUUCAAAACAGUAAUUCCCAACUUGGACACAAUAUGGGUGGAUACGGGCAAGCACCGGGUAUGCAGACGCAAGGUCAACAAUAUGUAGGAAAUACCGGACAACAAAAUUGGUUUGGACAAAAUCCACAACAAGGAUAUGGAUAUCCACCAAUGCCAGUCAAUAGAUUCGAGCGACCGCCGCAACCAAUUAAUAAUCAAUCGAAGCAAGCUUUAUCUAAUAUGCUUCGAUCUAGACAUCCAAUUAAUACCUACAUUCCCGGUAUGCAAAAUAAUCCUGCAGCGCCGCAACAACCUGGAAAUUACAGCCAAAUGCAAAGAGGUUUCCCUAGACAACCGAUGCGACAGCCUCAUCCCGGUUCAAUGCAACCAAACCAGAGCAUGUUUCCACAACAAUAUAGCAAUAUGCAAAGUAGUAUGGGGCAACAAUACGGUAAUUAUGGUGCAAAUCCACAGGCUAUGAUGCAAAGUAAUAUGCCGGGAAAUCAACAAAUUAUGCAGGGGGCACAAAGUGGUAUGUUUGCAGGACAGCAGCAAGGUUUUGGACAGCCCAGGCCAGCUCAACCGGACUAUCGCCAAAUGGGACAGAAUCCACGUGCUCCUUAUAUGCAGCAGGCUCCUAACGUAACUAUGAACACCAACAUGGGUUCGAUGAGUGGAAUGGCAAAUCAAGGAGUUGCAGCCCCGCCAUAUUCGAGAACGGGAGCUCAAGGAAUGCAAACGAAUGUUCAAAAUCAAAGUCAGUUUCAACAACAAAGAAUGAGAUUAAUGGCGAUGCAGCAACAGCAGCAGCAGCAGCAGCAACAACAGCAAGGUGGACCUCAGGGAAAUCAACCAUCUCCAGCUUUAGUAGCUCAUUUACAAAGACAACAACAAAUGAAUCAAAAUCCUUAUCAUCAACCGCCUCCUUAUAAUAUGCAGUAAACAAGUGUCUAAUUGAUAUGUUUUCAUAUCAUACUGGCAGUACUGGAGAUGUAAUAUUAAUCAAUUUGAUUAAAGGAUCAGCAUGUUGAAAGUAAUUUAUUAUAAUUACUAUAAAUGUGCACAUUUCCAUGUAUUCCAUAUAUUGGUGUUCUGGUUUCAUCAGUAUUAAAAUUUUUUGUACUUUAUAAUUUUAUGUAUUACAUGUCACAUUUCAUUGCUGCUCAUAAUUAGUGAAAUGAAAUAAUUUUAGUGACUUAAUUGGGUUAUUUUUAUUUUAUAAAAUAUGAUCAUUAUGUGCGAAUUAUAGUUUCCAGUGAUAACUGCUCGCCAAAAGCAUUUUUAAUCGUUUAUGUGUAUAUUAUAAAUCAUUUGACUAUGGAACUGAGCCUGUUGCACUUAAAUGUUCUUAUCGAAAAUUCUUACAAGUUUUUGUUUACUUUCACUUCUAACCUAUAUGUGAGAUUAAAAGGUUAAAAAUUAACCAAGUAGUUAAAACUGAACAAUAAGAAAACUCACCGAUAUAGUUAUAAAUAUAUUAGUAACCAAAUGGUUACAAAUAACCGAAAAGUUACAGAAUAGACCCUCGCAAUUUUGCAUCCACUUUUAAUCCUUAUAAUAUAAUAUACUAUUUUUUCAAGAACACUUGAGGAAAUUAGGAGUUAGUUGACCCAAAAAGUAAAUAUUGUUACAAUUUUAUCCUCACUGAUCACUAAAUGAUCAUUAGGAUUAUUAAUAUAUGUAUACAUAGUUGUAAUUAUUUCUGGCUCAGUACUCAUUAAAAAACAGAAUUAAAGACACUCCCAUUUUCAAAAAUUUCGUGGAUUGAAGAUAGUUUUUCUCGGUUGUUAAAUUUUCUUAUAAAACAUUUAGUGUCACAAUUUAGCCAGCCGCAGAUGAUUUAUUACAUGCACGUGAAGAAAUAACUAUAUAAAUACUAGUUUAUGGCUAUCAUUUAUCACUAAUAGCCCUCUUGUAUCAAUUUUCAGAAUGGUCAAUCAAUUACUUUGCGUGUUAAUACCCAGAUUAAAUACUACACAUGUCUCAGUAAGACGGAGGAACGAAAUUAUGAGAAAGAUGCAAAAGGUUUGAAGGAACGAUAGGCGCACUCGAUUAAAAACAGCUGUGAAAUUUAAUUUCACGGCCUGAUAGUGAGGUAACGCUGAACAUAACAGAUUUAAAUGUCUCGAGGUCGCAGCGGCGUUUUGAGAGAAAUCAAAGCAGUGUUAUAUUUGCAGUAUUUAAUCUGGAGUUAGGGUUUCAUGUGAAAAGAUACAUUUGAAUUCUACUCGUGACACGCAAAUAUUGAUAUUACAUUAUUUAAUAUGUAUAGUUUAUAUCUAAGAAAAAGUACAGUGCGAAAAGAAAAUUGUGAUCUUUUUGUUCAGAACAUUUGUUUUGAUGCGAUGUAUAUUUUAUUUGUAUAAUAAACUUUUUGAAAUUA